CACAGGUACUUCCUGACACUGCAUUCGAUUCAACGGAACGACUCAAGAAUCUGAGAGAUAAAAUGGUUUAUAAUAGUGUCGAAAAAGUUGAUGCAUAUAUAAUUCCGUCAGAAGAUGCACAUCAGAGUGAAUACAUCGCAGACAGGGAUAAGCGACGCCAAUAUAUAUCCGGGUUUACUGGCUCAGCCGGUUUGGCAAUCGUAACAGCAAACGAAGCGUUACUCUGGACUGAUGGAAGGUACUUUUUACAGGCAGAUAAGGAAUUGGACUGUAACUGGCAAAUACAACAAUCUGGUAUUUCAAAAUUUAAUGUCUAAGAGUACUAAUAGUAAUAAGUUUUUUAUAUUUUUUUGCAAAUAAUAGCUAAAUGACAUAAAAUGACCGUUACUCCGAAUAAAGAGAGGGAGGCCAUGAUUCAACGUUUCGACCUUUAUUGGGUCAUCAUCAGGAAUUCCUGAUGAUGACCCAAUAAAGGUCAGUUAAACAUAAUCAGUGCAUCUGUUGAUAUCUAAAUGAGAUUUCAAACUAAGAUCAUUAGAUAUAGUAACUCCAAGAUACUUAUAAGUUCCAACCUCGCCAAUUAAAUUUGGACUUACGAGAAAUUAACGUGAACUUUGUCUUUUUCGAAUUGAGUUUUAAAUUAUUUUCUGAAACCCAUGCGGUAACAGUUUUUUUUUAAAUUAUUUUCAAUGUCUUCUUGUUGUAAAUCUGAUAACAAUUGUUAAAAUAUUCUACUCAUUUUUCGAUAUUAUGUAUUUUUUAUUCAAUAAUUAUAGUGCAAUAACGUAGCUUAAUUAAAUAAUAAUAAUAAUAGAACCAAUAAUUUUAACUUACCAAUUACCAAUAACGUAACUUAAUUAAAUAAUAAUAAUAAUAAUAGAACCAAUCAUUUUAAUAUUAAUGUGAAUUGAAUUGUAUUUUUCCUAUCUUAAUUGUGUAGUUUAAGCAAUUUUAACUUAUCUUAUUUUUCUUAAUUUCUUCUCAAUUUUAACUGAUAGUAAUGUUUUAUUGGCCAUUGUAAUUUAAGUAAUAUAUGUCCCUAUCUAGUUUUAUAUAUAUUUUUUAAUUGAUUGUUUAUCUUGUUCUGGUGUAGUUAUAAUGUGAAGCGCCUUUGAACAUAAUUACUUAUGGAAAG